AUGGAAUCCAACGAGAGAUCAGAUACUCCCUGUGUGAACUGCCGGAAGAGGAGGCUCAAGUGCGACCGCACGAAACCCGCGUGCCUCCGGUGCCAGCACGCUCACUACGACUGUGAAGGCUAUCAGGAAACAGUACCAAUCCGUGCUCGGGCUCAGAGAGCAGACCGAUCGCAAAGAGGCGCCGGUCGAAAGCCAACCCGUCGAUAUCCGGAGUCCGUGACUGGGACUUCCUCCUCAGACAGCUCUCGAGGCACGUCGUCGCUCUCGCCACCUUUGGCCGUUUCUCCUGCCGACCAGUCGGUCUGUGUUUACCUACACAAUUACGUGCCAGAUGAUACGAUACGUGGAGUCCAUAUUAUCGCGUCCCAGAUCGUUCACCAUGCGACGUCCAACGAAGCAGUCCGGCUCGCCAUGUCCGCUAUCGGUUUGGCGAUCAUGGCCAACAUGAGAAAUAAUCCCCGCUUGCUUGUGGAUGCGAGAGCAGACUAUGCGCGGGCUCUGGAGGUUACAAAUACAGCGCUCCGGAGCAAGAGCCAGUGUCUGGAGGAGACGACCUUGAACGCGGUGAUGCUGUUGGGAAUGUUUGAGGUACGAAUCUCCUAUCGUGUGGAUGAGGAGACACUGACAGGGAAAGGUCAUCUCUUGCGAAGCACCAAAGUCGUUAGAAAACUGGCAAAAGCAUAUCGGCGGGGCUGCGGCGUUCCUUGA